GAGAUGGAUUUGGCCUUAAUAAAGUAAAACCCUAAUCAUAAACUCAAAACACAUAUACCAUCCUCUUCCCCGCCACCGCUGCUGCUUCUGCUGUGUCUUCCCCGCCGCUAUUAUUCGCUGCUGCCGUCGCAGCUGCUGCUUCCCUCCGUCUUCCUCCGCCUGCUUCAAUAUUUCUGAUAAAUGCCAAUUAAGGUUGUGCCAUGAACAUCCGGAUAUCCCAUUUUAGAAAUCCCCAAUUUUUGGUAAUUUUCCGCAGAUUUAUCGAUCCCAGGCUUCCCCAAACCGUGCACGUCCCUUCGCAGAGCCGCACAUAACUUUCUUUGUUUCUAUGUAAUAUUUAUUGGAGAAAACAGGAGAAGAGUAAGAGUAUAGGGUUGAAAGCUUUCCAAGAUGUCAGUUUAUGAGGAAAAUCGGUGCAUCAGAGAUAAUCAGAGAAGGUUGCUGGCUGAAAAAUUUGAAGUGAAGCGAAAUCUUUUUAAAGCACUUGUUAGAGAUCCUAACCUGCCUAUUGAACAACGUGAGAAAUUCCAAUCUAAGCUGUCCAAGUUGCCAAGAAACAGUUCCUUUACUCGGGUGAGGAACAGAUGUAUCUUCACAGGCCGACCUCGUGCUGUUUAUAACUUGUUUCGAAUGUCUCGUAUUGUUUUCCGUGAAUUGGCAUCGAAUGGUAUGUUGACUGGUAUAAAGAAAGCAUCUUGGUAAUGGAAUUUAUGGAAUGGUGGCAAGUACUCCUAUUGGUGCUUAAACAAGGAUCUAGCUGAGUAAUUUCUUUUCUUGAACUCGAAUAGAUUGACAAAGUUGUGGAGUUCAGAAAUUUUCGUAUGAAUUCGCAGUGAAAUUUUUGAUGCAGAAUAAAAAGGUGUACUUUACAGAAAUGCAUUUGUAUAUUUAUCCAGAAUUUGAGGUCAGUUUAUUCGCAUGCUUCCAGAAUUUUGUUAUAAUCUAAUUAAGUUAGAAAGAAAUGAUUCUUGCAUUACAUGGUUAA